AUGCCACCUACAGCAGUAACGGUGGUAUCACAUCGCGAGGAAGAUUCCAUGAAUAAUGAGCCGUCGCUCAGUGGACGUGCUAUAAUUGGGCUUAUAUAUCCUCCUCCGGAUAUUCGAACCAUUGUUGACAAAACUGCUGCAUUCGUGGCACGAAAUGGAGUCGAUUUCGAAAACAAGAUUCGCGAAAAGGAAGCAAACAACAAACGUUUCAACUUCCUUAGUCCAACGGAUCCGUACAAUGCGUACUACAAGCAGAAGGUCAGAGAUUUUCAAGAGGGAAAAGUUGAGGCUGCAUCUGCUGCGACAAAGCCUCAGCUUCCUGAAGCCGUCAAAGAUGCCGUGAAAAAGGCAGAUUUCGCUCCGACAAAACCUCCACCGCCUUUCGAGUUCUGUGCUGAUCCUGCAACAAUUAACGCUUACGAUCUUGAUUUGAUUAAAAUGACUGCGUUGUUUGUCGCUCGAAACGGUCGUCAGUUUCUCACUCAGCUUAUGACCCGAGAGGCUCGCAACUUCCAGUUUGAUUUUCUAAAGCCCCAGCAUUCAAACUUUGCCUACUUCACAAAGCUUGUAGAGCAGUACACCAAGGUGAUUAUCCCGCCAAAUACGAUCCUAGAGGACCUCCGUUCGGAGAAAGAGAACACAAAGAAACUCAUGGAAGAUGUCAACUAUAGAGUAUCCUGGGAGAAACACCAGAAGAACCUCAGAGACAAGGAAGAAAAAGAGGCAGAAAAAGAGCGGGUAGCUUAUGCAUCUAUAGAUUGGCACGAUUUCGUUGUGGUACAGACCGUCGACUUCCAACCAGGCGAUACAACCAAUCUACCUGGCCUGUGUACUCCAAAAGAUGUCGGUGCGCGUAUAUUGCUUGAGGCAAGGAGCGAAGCUCAAAAGCAAACCGCGGAAGCAAUGGAAAUGGAUAUGGAUGAAUCUGAUAGCGAAGAUGAAGCGGAACAACCUAUUCAGAAUGAAGCGGAGCCGGAACAACCACCAGCAGCGGCGCCUCCCCCUGAAGAAGCUCCACCACCGCCAGCAGCAGAGUUUGCGACACCUUUGCCGCCUACACGGCAAAAGGAUCUUAUCGUUAAAGACUACGAUCCGAAGAAGGCUGCUCAUGCUACCAAACGUCCUGCGGAUAAGUGGCUCAUUUCACCGCUCACUGGAGAGAGAAUACCUUCAGACAAAUUGGAAGAGCAUGUGCGCUACAAUACCGUCGACUCACAAUACAAAGAAGAUCGAGAGAGGCUUAUGGGAGAACGUGGCAAUGAAGAACCUGUACUCGCUCCUGGAGCAGAAAUCAGUAAAAAUCUCGGGCGAUUUGCUGAGCGUCGUACUGAUAUCUUCGGUGUUGGAGCCGCUGGAGCCGAGCAAACGGUUAUCGGAAGGAAGCUCGGCGAGGAAGAGCCUCAGCCAACCAAGCAACUCAUUUGGGACGGUUCUGAAGAGACACGUGAGGCCCAUACGUUGGCUGUACAGAGUCAGGUUACAAUCGACCAACAGAUUCACGAAAUACAUCGUCAACAUGGUUUUCUUCCUGAUUCAACCAAAGAACGCAUCGGAGCACAGCCUGUUGCGCCACCUCCACCGCGCAGUGCCACUGGUUCUAAUGCGACUACAGUCGUGAACCGAAUGUAUCCACCGCCUCCUGCUACAACAGGAAUGAUGGGAAUGCCGCCUGGAUACGCACCACCUCCUCCGUCCAUGCCUCCGCCAGCGCAACAACCAGCACCGCCUGCUCCGGAAGGACCGCCACCGGCAAAACGUCAAAGGACUGAGGAAGAUUUGGAGCCCGAGGCGGAAUGGCUCACUAAGGUCAGCGGUAUUAUCGAUUUACGAAUUCAGCUUCCAACCAAUGCCGAGUUUAACAUGGAUGGUUCAAUUAUUGGAUUACAAAUAGAUGUUACAUCACAGGUAGCCGAUCUCAAACAGAGCCUUCAAGACAAACUCAGUAUGCCAACAGGAAAGCAGAAACUUGUCUUUGAUGGCUUCUUCUUAAAGGAUAACUUCUCACUUGCUUACUACAACAUGAAAAAUCAGUCGUUCGUGAUUCUCCAGAUCAAAGAAAGAGGUGGAAAGAAUAAGUAA